AUGAAGACGAGAUUACACUGGAAUACACUGAUUGCAUUCCACACGGCCAAGGACCUCAGAGAAGCCUCGGGUCACCGCCCCGAGCCUCUCGAUCAAACCGACGGGGGGCCGGCGCGGAGCACCCUCCGGAGCGGCGCGGAACGUGAAGCAAGCCCCCGAGGCCUGGGCCUCCUGGCGUAGAUCGGGGAGACGAAUGGGGAUUUGCUGAUCUAUCACGUGAUUCUCACGCUGAAGCCGUUCUGCAAUAAGGCGUUUGAGCUCGUCGUGGACUUCACUCACACCUGUGCGGACAAUCGAUUCAGGACCGAGUUCCUGCAGAAGUGGGGCGUGGUGCUGCCCGAAGUGGCUUACGACAACAUCGAGGCCUGCUACAUCUACAACUGCAACUCCUGGCUGCGGGAGUACACCAAGUACCACGAGCGGAUCCUCUGCUCCCUCAAGGGGAACCGGAAGCUGAUCUUCUUGGAUACGCCGUCGCGACUGGGGGACUACAUCGACCCGGACCAGCAGAAGCUGCCCGGGGCGACGCUCACGCUGGACGAGGACCUCAAGGUCUUCAACAACGCGCUCAAGCUGUCGCACAAGGACACCAAAGUGGCCAUCAAGGCACGUUUCGACCUCUCGGUCGCGUCGCGAAAGCUGCAAUCGAGUCGCGAUCGAGAUCCGUUCGAGGAAGGACUGGAGGUCGUUUUCGUGCUCUGUGACCGGAACGAUGAGAGACUUGCUUGGUUUUUGUUUGGUUUUAAUGCGGUGGGGCCGACGGCGAUCCAGAUCACGUCGGCAGAGAAGACCAAGGUGCUGGGCCACUCGGUGCUGCUCAACGACAUCUACUACGCGGCCGAGAUCGAGGAGGUGUGCCUGGUGGACGACAACCAGUUCACGCUGACCAUCUCGAACGAGAGCGGUCCGCUGUCCUUCAUCCACAACGACUGCGACUCCAUCGUCCAGGCCAUCAUCCACAUCCGCACGCGCUGGGAGCUCUCUCAGCCGGAUUCGGUGACGGUGCACCAGAAGAUCCGCCCGAAGGACGUGCCGGGCACGCUGCUCAACAUGGCCCUGUUGAACCUCGGCUCCUCGGACCCCAAGCUGAGGACAGCAGCCUACAACCUCCUCUGUGCCCUCACCGUCACCUUUGACCUCCGCAUCGAGGGACAGCUCCUCGAGACCUCGGGGUUGUGCAUCCCAUCGAACAACACGAUCUUCAUCAAGUCGGUGAGCGAGACGCUGGCACGCAACGAGCCGCACCUCACCCUCGAGUUCCUCGAGGAGUGCAUGGAGGGCUUCCGGUCCUCCACCAUCGAGCUGAAGCAUCUCUGCCUCGAGUACAUGACGCCGUGGCUGCAUAAUCUCACCAGGCAAGGCUCAUUAUUCACUCGAGGAUGUGCGUUCUGCAAGCAAUCGGACGAGAUGAAGCGGUCCAAGGUCGCCCUCAUCCUGGACAAGCUGAUCACGCUCACCAUCGAGGAGGAGGAGAUGUACCCGUCCAUCCAGGCCAAGAUCUGGGGGAACAUCGGGCAGGUGUCCGACCUCAUCGACGUGGUGCUCGACUGCUUCAUCAAGCGGUCUGUGACGGGGGGGCUGGGGUCGAGUCAGGCGGAGAUCCUCGCCGACACAGCCGUCGCACUGGCAGCUGCCAAUGUUCAGAUGGUCGCACGCAAGCUCAUCUCUCGACUCUGCACGGUGAUCGACAAGACGUGCACUUCGCCGACACCAUGCCUGGAGCAGCACCUGAUGUGGGAUGACAUCGCCAUCCUGGCACGCUACUUGCUCAUGCUCUCGUUCAACAACUGCCUCGACGUGGCGUCGCACCUACCCUAUCUCUUCCACAUCGUCUCCUUCCUCGUCUGCACGGGGUCGGUCAGCCUCCGCGCCUCCAUCCACGGCCUCGUCAUCAACAUCAUCCACUCCCUUUGCACCUGCACGAAGCCCUCCUUCAGUGAGGAGACACAGCGGGUGCUGCGGAUGGCCCUGGACGAGUACUCGCUGCCGAAGUUCUACCUCCUCUUCGGGAUCAGCAAGGUGAAGUCGGCGGCAGUGACGGCGUUCCGAUCCAGCUGCCGGCACAUCGACCGUUUCGGCCCCGACCGGGGCUUCUCCUCUUCUGUUCCCGAUCGUGAGGACAUCUCCCUCCACAGCCUCGAGAUCAUUGCCGACUCCCUCCUGGAGAUCAUGGAGUGCUGCAUGCGAGACAUCCCCGACUGCGACUGGCUCUCGCACUGGAUGUCGCUGUCGAAGAGCUUCGCGUUCCGCUACAACCCCGCCCUGCAGCCGCGGGCCCUCAUCGUCUUCGGCUGCAUCUCGAAGAGCAUCACGGACGCCGACGUGAAGCAGCUGCUGCGGAUCCUGGUGAAGGCGCUGGAGAGCCUCACCGACGUCACCCAGCUCACCCUCAUCGACGCCAUCGUCAUGUGUCUCACCCGCCUCCAGCCACUCCUCCGCAAGGAGUCGCCGAUCCACACGGCCCUGUUCUGGAUCGCAAUCUCCGUCCUCCAGCUGGACGAAGUGUCGCUCUACUCCUCCGGCCUGGCCCUCCUCGAGAUGAAUCUCCACACCCUGGACACACUGGGGACCUUUGCUCAACAGGUUCGAGCCCAGGCCACCCUGUCACGCGACAUAAGCGACCCAGUCACCCGAGAGAGAGAUGAGAAGCCCAACUUCCAUUUUGCUCUGGUGGGCCACCUGCUGAAGGGCUAUCGGCACCCGAAGCCGGCGACGGUGGCUCGCACGGGCCGCAUCCUCCACAUGCUCCUCUCCAUCGUGGCGAAGCCGCAUCAGCGAGACAAGUUCGAGGUGUCGGGGGACAACAUCGCAUACCUUGUCGCCCUGCUUCCUGUGUCGGAAGAAGUGCGUUCCCGGUGCCGCCUGAAGCACAGCGUUGCUCAAAUCAUCCCCUCUUCUACCUCCUUUGAGAACUUCCCCGUGGACCUCCACCUCAACCUGUCGCCCUCUGCCUCGCAGCAGGCGGGUGCGGUGGGUUCCCCGAGUUCCCCGCCGACCCAGAGCGCCGAGAGCUCGCCCCCGCCGCUCCCCCCCCACAACACCCAGUUCCGCCAGCGCUCCUGGGAGAGACUCAUCGAGCAUCCCCCACCGUCUCUGCCCCAGAGGAAUUUCUCCAAACCACAGGCGGACAGCUCCGGCGACACCUCGGCCCGUCGGUCGGAGCGGGGCUCGGUGUCGACCGAGAGCGGGAUCCUCCUGGAUCCGGACAUCCUGCGGGAGGAGUCGGUGCAGGCGCUGGUGCUGAACGUCCUCGCGACGCUGGUGCGGAACUCGUCCGACGAGGCGGAGCUCCGGAUCCUCUACCAGUACCUGGCGGAGGCCUCGGUCGUGUUCUCCCGCGUCUUCUCCGUCAUGUACGUCGUCGACCUCCUUCUUUCUCCCCGGGGGGAGGGCAGCGGAGUCGCGUCCACGGUGACGACGGGGACGUUUUGUCGUUGCAGCAAUUCCUUGCUGGACGCCAAGAUCACGUCGGUGCUGUCGCUGUGCCACGACGCCGUGAUCCUGGGUGCCGUCCAGGCGAUCAUCCAGAACAUGGUCGCAUCCGAGGACGCCUCCCUCCAGAGCAUCCACUACCUGCAGAGCAUCGGGUUCGGAGGGCUCUGGCGGUUCGCCGGCCCCUUCUCCAAGAACAAGAAUGACUCACUCAUGGCGUUCUGCUCCCAGCUGAACAACUGCGUGGCCGAGAACGCAGAGCUGUUUGUGAACUACCUGGAGGCGAUGGUGGAGACCUGCCUGCCGAUCGAGGAGGGGGAGUGCGACGGGGACGGGAGCGGGCACGACCACACGCAGUACCCCUCGACGCUCUCCGUCUCCUCGCACCAGAAUCUCUCUUCCUCCCUCUCUUCCCUCACCCUCGCUUCGCCCACCGAGAAAGCGUCCACGGUGACGACGGGGACGUUUUGUCGUUGCAGCAAUUCCUUGCUGGACGCCAAGAUCACGUCGGUGCUGUCGCUGUGCCACGACGCCGUGAUCCUGGGUGCCGUCCAGGCGAUCAUCCAGAACAUGGUCGCAUCCGAGGACGCCUCCCUCCAGAGCAUCCACUACCUGCAGAGCAUCGGGUUCGGAGGGCUCUGGCGGUUCGCCGGCCCCUUCUCCAAGAACAAGAAUGACUCACUCAUGGCGUUCUGCUCCCAGCUGAACAACUGCGUGGCCGAGAACGCAGAGCUGUUCGUGAACUACCUGGAGGCGAUGGUGGAGACCUGCCUGCCGAUCGAGGAGGGGGAGUGCGACGGGGACGGGAGCGGGCACGACCACACGCAGUACCCCUCGACGCUCUCCGUCUCCUCGCACCAGAAUCUCUCUUCCUCCCUCUCUUCCCUCACCCUCGCUUCACCCACCGAGAAAGAGGCACUGUUGGACUACAACAGCAGCGACAGCGGGGCACGCAUCCGGCACGGGUCCACCAGUCAGCUAACACGGCAGCGGAGCUUCUCGCGGAAGAAGCCCUCCAACGGGAAGCCUCAUCUCACUUGAACCCGAGCAGGAUCAUCUGAAGGUCACCUCUCACCUCGGCCAGAGCCAGUGGGGAGGCGACGUGGGCGGUUCGCAUCCCUUUGUUCCACUACCACGAUCUCAGACACUGUCCGUCGGGGGCUCCCUCGGAGUCGUUGAAUCUGCUGCUUGGCAUGCCAAAGAUGUGUACCUGUGUAAUGGAUUUCCUGUUCAGCCGAUUUUUUUCCAAAGUUCCCUGUUCAAAUUUUAUCUCGUUUCGGUGCGGUUUUCCCAUGCGAAUCGUGACGUGCCGUCAUGGGGGCACGCAUCGCCAAGGCGCGACCGCGGUGUUGUCGGCAUCGAUGUGCAGAGUCCGCAGUGUGUUUCGUGUUUCUCGGAGAGCUUCGAGCGAGCGGUGAAUAGAGUUUCGUAGGAUUCCUUCCAUGUUAGGCUCAUUUUGUCAGACUGUGAUCCCAGAUCUCUCUCAAUGGAAAAAAUCAAGCUGUGGUAGCAGGAGAAGACUUGCAAAUCAUAUCACGCUUGCCAACUCGACACAUUCGCCAAAUCACCUCUUUUUUUUUUCCCCGGUCGGACAUUUUUCAUCAUUGAAUCUUCGUAAUCAAAUCAUUGUUAUGCACGUCUUGUGUUCCCCCCCCCCACCUUUUUUUUUUUAAAAUAAGAAAAAUCGAUGAGGUUAAUUGUGGGAGAUGGAUGUGGUGAAUUGCGAGAGAAGGAACCCAGAUUUGUUGGAGUCUGGUCAAUCGUGGUGCUUUCACAGGCAGGCGGGUAUUUUUUUCCAUUGAUCGUCUUUGUCUUCUGUGCCAUUUUGUCCUGCGACAAAACAGAGCAUAAUGAUUCCCCCUCAUUGUGAAAUAAACUCACGACUAUGUCCCC